CGCAAUGCUUUUAAGUGUGUUCAUCAUAAGGUUCUGGAUUACUUUCUAGAUACUGAUAGAUGGAAAUGGUUAUCUUGGUUUUAUUUUUUUUAUCUUCCUUUUUACAUGUUUUACCACUUUUUCCUUAUCUUUUCAUUUAUUUAUGACGUAUGGAACCAUUUUUCAUUAUAUCUCUGCAUAUGGGGAGUAUUUAUGAUUACCAGCACCUGGUGUGAAUAUAACAGCCUUAUUAUAUAUAUAUAUACUGAGAAAACAUUGAAAUGUUUAAUAGUCCUUUUUCUGCUCUAUGAAGUAUGAGUAUCGAAGCUGCAGCUUAAUUUCGUAUCAUCUGGAGUGUUGAAAAGGUUUCAGAACUGAUCAUCAGUCACUUCCUUAAAUGCUUAACUGUUCAACGGUUCUGGGUAAGUAUGAUAAAACAGUUUUCAGUUAAAUGAGUGGUACAUCAUAGUUUACUUUCAUCAUCAAGCAACAUGACAAGGAAGAAAGAUGAAAAAGUCAUGCUGUUCUUAGCCAAACACUUGCAUUCGGAUGAGGCGAACCAGAAGAUGGAAAAAACGUGGAGGACACUCUGUGAGGGAUAUAGGGGGACAUGUUGAUGUGCACUGAUCUUUAGGGUCCCAGUGAUGGCAGUUAGAGGAUUAGAUGGGAAGGAAAACAGACUGAAAAGACAAGUUUCAUGAUGAGUCACUUUGUGACAUUUUAAGAGAAGAGUCCCCUGACACAUUUCUAGUCCUCUCUCAGUCUCACACUCAGAGGGUCCCAGGUAACAUCUUCUGUCAGCUUCUCCUACAUGAUGCUGCCUCUCUGUUAUCUUACCGUUUCAAUGCUUUGGAGACUUCAGUUUCUCUCCUCUGCACUUGCUAUCCAGUGCAACGAGAAUACCCAAUAUGAAUGGCCAAUACUCAACCCCAAGCAAUGUUGCAACAAGUGUCCACCAGGUCAUUAUUAUGUUAAACGGUCUGAGACCACUUGUGACAUCUCAUGCAAGAAAUGCACGGGUGAGAGGUUUAUGGAUACCUACACCCUAGAAUCAACCUGCAAUAUUUGUGGAACAUGCACAGCAGAACAUUCUGAGGUUGAAUCCAACUGUACAAUAACCCACAAUACUGUUUGCAAGUGUAAGGCUGGCUACAGAUGCAUAGACAAGUCCUGCAAAAAGUGUGAGCCUGUUCCAAAGACCAUCAAACCCACCCUGCCACCACCCACUACAGUAAAAAUUUGGCUCACCUCCAUAACAAAAACAACUGAAAAACCAAGAAACCCAAUCAGAGACACACAGUGGUUCCUGGUGAUAGUCGCCCUUCUAUGCGCUGGAAUAGCAUUGGUUGUUGUGACCAAAAUCAAGCCUUUCCUCCACUGGAUUCGGUCCAACCACGGUUAUUUUUUUGUUGAAAAACCAGUCCUUCCAUGCACAGUGGACGAAGAUGUGUCAAAACCAGUCCAGGAGGUUUGUGGAAAAUGCGACAACUGCAUCGAUAUCUGUAUAAAAGAAUAGAUGCUGAUCGCUGAUGAACGACAAUAUUCUCUGACUCAAGAAAGAAACAACAUCUCCCUUAUUUCUCCGGAUCUUGUUGAUGAAUGCAGAGAAACAUAACUCAAGUUGUUAUAAUGCAGAGGAACCACAGUGGAUGAAUGGUUUAGAAACUACUGUCUGUUACUGAGAGGAAACAUCACAAGAUAUCUGCAUCCUGAAUACUCAAAAACUAACCAUAUAAAAACUACACUGGGAAGAUUUAUUCUACCUAAACACACAGAGUGGGACACUAUGACAGUCCUGCAUGGGCUAUUUGGUCUUUUGCCAAAUGGGUAUGUACUAUGGUACACUGUACUAUAUAGGAGGAGCACACAUGAGACUAUAUUUAAGUAAAAUUUAUGAGAUUAUCUUUUAGAGAUGAAUGUGAUAGAUGGGCCCAAACAUGUUUCUAAGUAAAUAUGUUUCCUUAUGAAUUAUCUCCUGUAUAUAUGUAUAUAGACUGACAUUCUGAUUUGUUUUUAGAUCAUAAAUAUUAAAUAGGGAAUACCUUGAAAAGUUAAAUACAUUCUUUUAUUUUUCUUUAUUCAAAAUAAAAUGUAUUUUUACUUUUAAAAGCAUACCUCACAUA